GCCCACCCCCACGCCCACAGGCCCACCCCGCGCCCACAGGCCCCCCACCCCCCCGCGCCCACAGGCCCACCCCGCGCCCACAGGCCCACCCCGCGCCCACAGGUCCACCCCGCGCCCACAGGUCCACCCCGCGCCCACAGGCCCACCCCGCGCCCACAGGUCCACCCCGCGCCCACAGGCCCACCCCGCGCCCACAGGUCCACCCCGCGCCCACAGGCCCACCCCGCGCCCACAGGCCCACCCCGCGCCCACAGGUCCACCCCGCGCCCACAGGUCCACCCCACGCCCACAGGCCCACCCCACGCCCACGCGGGCGGCGCUGCAGACGGUGGGCGGCGCCAAUGAGAUGCAAUAG